AUGUGCGGGCCUGCCUUGAAUCUUGGAGGGACAGCAAGCCCUGCAAGUGGGACAAAGGCACCGUCUUCAUCGGAACGAGAGUCGCAUACGGGCAUCAGCGGUCGCGGUCGCGUCGUGGGGGGAAUCUGGGCGGAGGAAGCGCUGAAGCUGUGCGGGACGAAGGACGAGCACGUGGAUCACGGGUUCAUUUGUGUCACUGUGUUGCACUGGUCACUCUGCUCGUUCCCUUGCCGUCCUCCCCCACCCCCACCACCAUCCGCAGCCAACUCCCUCUGCAGCGCGCAGCCAUCGUCUCCAGAAUCCCUAGCCUCGAUGGCGAGCUCAAGCAGAUUGAAUGAUCCUGAGCGCUAUAUCAAAGUAACCUUGCAUGGCGCCAGCGGUCUCGUCAAGAGAGAAUUGCUCAGUCUUCCGGACCCAUUCGCAGUACUCACAGUUGAUGGUGAGCAGACGAGCACAACGGCUAUCUUCAGGCGGUCGUUGAGUCCAGCUUGGAAUGAGACAUUCGACGUGAAAGUAAGACAAUCGUCCAUGAUCGCUAUCCAAAUCUUCGACCACAAGAAAUUCAAGAAGAGGGAUCAGGGCUUCCUCGGGGUAUACAACAUCUCUGCUGCGGAUGCCAUCCAGUUGGCUGCUAAUCAACAAGGCGUUAUUACCAAGGAUCUGACGAUGUCCAGCAACAACCUCCCCGUCUACGGCAAAAUAUCCUUCAGCUUUUCCCUUCCCUCACAAGCUCAACAGCAGUCCGUUCCGAAUAACGUCGUUGACCGUCCUAUCAUGCAGUCGGCUGCCCAGGACUUUCAUAACCCACAGUCCGCUCAAAGUUCUCUGGGCGGCGCAAGGCUAUCCAAUCCUCUCCCACAAACGCGCCUCGAUGAUGACCAUCCAAGACUUCAGAACACCCUCUCUACACCAUCCCUUCGUCCAUCCAAUAGCCAUCUUGCCCUCAACACCUCCUUCAAUGCCCAACCAAGAACCGAGAGUAUAAGUGCUCGCCCAACCUCGUCUUCUGGUCCCGUAGCUGGCCGCAUGUUGGAUGACGAGUUCGGCAAUCCUUUACCCCAAGGCUGGGAACGGCGGAUAGAUCCCCAAGGACGACACUACUAUGUAGACCACAACACGAGGCAGACGACAUGGCAUCGACCAAACCAAGCCCAGUCGGUCCAGAACCGACCUACUUCACAACUAUCCGGUCAGCAGGGACCAUCUAGAAGUCCAAACUCCAAUCCCGCUUCAGCUGUUUCUGUAACGUCACCAGCAUCUACUGGUGCCCCACAGACUGGGACGUAUGCUGACAUUCCGUUGCCGUUGGGUUGGGAAGAGCGACGGACUGCUGAAGGGCGGCCAUAUUUCGUCGACCACCAUACCCGGACGACGACAUGGACAGACCCUCGACGAGCCACACAGCCGCCCCCUUCAGCCGUCAUGAGGCCAGUCACCAAUCCCAAUCUCGGUCCUCUGCCAUCCGGAUGGGAGAUGCGUCUGACAUCAACCGGGCGUGUCUACUUCGUCGACCACAAUACCCGAACGACAUCCUGGGACGAUCCAAGACUUCCUCCGAAUCUGGACGAUAACGCCCCACAGUACAAGCGUGACUACAGAAGAAAGGUGGUCUAUUUCAGGAGUCAACCGAAGAUGCGGGUUCUUCCCGGCAAGUGUGAAAUCAAAGUAAGACGUACGCGGGUCCUUGAGGACAGUUAUGGCGCCGUGAUGGCUCUGCCAGGUGAAGACCUCAAGCGGAGGUUGAUGGUCAACUUCGAAGGUGAAGACGGGUUGGAUUAUGGUGGUGUUUCAAGAGAAUGGUUCUUCCUCUUGUCACACGAGAUCUUCAAUCCAAGUUAUGGUCUAUUCGAAUAUUCGACGCACGACAACUAUACCCUGCAAAUCAAUCCCGCCUCAGGCAUCAAUCCCGACCAUUUGAGCUACUUCAAGUUCAUCGGACGAUGUCUCGGCCUUGCCAUCUUCCACCGUCGAUUCUUGGAUGCGUACUUCGUUCCAAGUUUCUAUAAGAUGAUCCUUGGCAAGCACAUGUCGUUAGUGGAUUUAGAAGCUGUUGAUGCUGAUCUUCAUCGAUCUCUGGUGUGGAUGUUGGAGAAUGACAUCACGGACGUACUAGACGAGACCUUCACGACGACAGAGGAGCGGUUUGGCGAGCUUGUGACGAUUGAGCUGAAACCCGGAGGCGAAGACAUUCCCCUGACGGAGCAGAACAAGAAGGAAUACGUUGACGCUGUGGUCGCUUACCGCAUCUCGAAGCGUGUGAAGGAGCAGUUUGACGCGUUCAUGGAGGGUUUGCUGGAGCUCAUACCGAGAGAGCUAAUCAACGUCUUCGAUGAACGGGAGCUGGAGCUGCUCAUUGGUGGCAUGUCGGAAAUUGACAUGGACGACUGGACCAAAUUUACUGACUAUCGUGGGUACGAGAAGACCGAUCAAGUCAUUGAGUGGUUCUGGCAAUGCAUUCGAUCAUGGCCAGCAGAAAAGAAAUCUCGGCUGCUGCAAUUCACGACGGGCACAUCGCGUGUGCCGGUCAACGGCUUCAAGGACUUGCAAGGGUCCGACGGGCCACGGCGGUUUACCAUCGAGAAGUCAGGGGAUCCUGCUGGUCUGCCUCGCAGUCAUACAUGCUUCAAUAGGCUGGACCUGCCACCGUACCAAGAUUAUGAAAGCCUGGAAUCAAAACUGUCGUUUGCUAUUGAAGAGACAGAAGGAUUUGGACAAGAGUAA